GAAAAAGUGAUGUGAUUUUAUUUGGUUGUUUGGCGCGUCCACUGGGCUCGAGAGAACGGAACCACCUCGCCUUCCGGCUAGAGACUAAUCGCCUCAGGAUGCUCUCACAGGCCGGGCAACCAAAACCAGCUACGCCUAGAGCGGUCUCUCGUUCCCCCGGAAGCGGAAGUGUCCGUGCUUCUUUUCUUCCCUCCUAUCCCGGUGAAGGAGGAGGUAGGGGAUGGGUUUUUGAGGUUGCGCGCGCCAAGUCUAACACCGGUGGCGUCGUCGUUGGAAAUCCUGGUUCGGGCGUCGUCUUGGGGGACGACAUGGACGUAAUUCCCGAGAAGGAAAUGAAGGAUUUUCAGUUCAGAGCCCUGAAGAAAGUACGAAUCUUUGAUGCCCCUGACGAGCUUCCCAAAGAGCGUUCCAGUCUCCUUGCUGUGUCCAACAAAUAUGGAUUAGCGUUUGCUGGUUGUGCAGCCGGGCUGCAGAUCUUUCAGAUGAAAAACCUUCUAAUGCAGAUUCAGGCAGGCGAUUCUCCUAACAAAAUAGUCGAGAAUGUCCAGAGUCUCUUUGUUCCCACAAAGUUUUCUGUGCACCAUCUGGCACUCAGCUGCGAUAACCUCUCACUGUCUGUCUGCAUGGCCUCCAGUGAAGUUGGGUCCUUCAUUGGGUUUUUCGAUGUCCGGACUUUUGUGAAUCAGUCGAAACAGCAAAAAAGGCCCUUUGCUUAUCAGAAGAUGGCCGAUGCGAUGGUCAGUGAUCUGAAGUGGAAUCCAGCGAACGCCUCCAUGUUGGCUGUCUGCCUGUCUGACGGAAGCGUCUCUGUCCUGCAGGUGGCUGAAUAUGUGAAGGUCUAUGCCACUCUUCCAGCUUCUGUGGCCGUUACAUCAGUGUGUUGGAGUCCCAAGGGAAAGCAGUUGGCCGUGGGCAAACAGAAUGGCACGGUGGUCCAGUAUCUGCCGAACCUGCAGGAGAAGAAAAUAAUUCCCUGCCCUCCAUUCUAUGAUUCAGAUAAUCCUGUCAAAGUCUUGGACGUGUUGUGGGUUGGCACUUACGUCUUCACUAUCGUCUACGCGGCUGCGGAUGGGACCUUGGAGACUGCGCCGGAAGUGGUGAUGGCCGUGCUUCCUAAAAAGGAAGACAAACGGCCUGAACAGUUUGUGAACUUUAUGGAGCCCUGUUACGGCAGCUGCACGGAGAGGCAACAUCACUACUUCUUAAACUAUGUUGAGGAAUGGAAUCUGGUCCUUGCAGCUUCUGCUGCCUCCACAGAAGUUAGCAUCCUCGCAAGACAAGGAGACCAGAACAACUGGGAGCUGUGGGUUCUGGAAGACUCGAGCCGAGCAGAACUUCCAGUCACGGACAAGAGCGAUGACACUUUGCCUGUAGGCGUGGCUAUUGAUUACACAAGCAACACGCCCAUAACCAUCAGCGAGGACAAGACCUUGGAGCCGGCUCCGGUGCUGCUGCUGCUGUCGACAGAUGGAGUGCUCUGUCCCUUUUACAUGGUCAAUCAAAACCCUGGCGUGAGGUCCCUCAUAGUGAUGCCCGAGCCUCUCUCUGCAGAAGGAGACAGAUCGGCAAGAUCAGCUGGAAGCACUCCCCCUUCGUCCGCUUCUACCUCCACUCCUUCAAAAGUGGAAGCUGUCCCAGCCGUCGCCGCAGCCUCAGGUUCCAUGUCCGGUGGAGGGGCAACCACUUUCUCUUUUACGUCCCCCGCUCUAAAAUCAGCCGGGUUGGACUCCGACGCCCCACUGCAGCAUCCCUGCCCGUCGGAUGCCCUCAAGCCUCCCUCUGCUUCCAACCUCAGCGAAGCAGCCGGGUUCUCCCUCUCUUCCGCCGCUGUCUCCAAAGCACCCCCGACUCCAGCCCCGUCGGCUGGCCUUGUGCCACCUUCUGCCGCCUCUUUUUCUUUCGGAGCGAUGAAUUUUAAGACUGGCACAGACGGCCCCCUGCCCUCCACGGCUCUGGUUGGGCUGAAGCAAAGUUUUACUCCUUCGGCAUCCUCCAUCAAAAUUAACCUCGCUGAAAAGUUCGCUGCUGCAGAAUCUCCUGCUCCUGCUGCCAACAGCAGCCCAAGCGCCGCCCCGUUCUCCCUGACCCCCUCUGCCAAGCCUGCCUCCGCAGGGCCGCUGAGCCAGCCCGCCGUGCUCUGCACUCCUACCGCGCCGAUGAAGGCUUCCACCCCAGUGUCCUCAGCAGCAGUGCGCCCUGCUCAGAGUGCUCCUCCAGCUUCCGUGCUCCAGAAAGCAGCCAAGAUUUCCCCAGCUGGGCCCAAAGCGAGCCCUUCCCAGGGCCGGCAGCAGCCACUCAGUGCUGGGGCAGAGAAGCAAGCUCAUCAGUGGAAAGAUUCAGAUCCUGUCAUUGCAGGGAUACGAGAGGAGAUUGCACAUUUCCAGAAGGAGAUAGAAGAGCUGAAAGGCAGGACAGCCAAAGCCUCUUUCCAAGCGGGCCCUGAGGAGGAGAAGAAGAUGCUGAGGACAGAGUCGAAUGAACUUCACACCUUCCUCUUGGAGAUCAAAGAGACGACGGAGUCCCUUCACGGAGACAUCAGCCUUCUGAAGACAAACCUGCUGGAAGGAUUUGCAGGGCUGGAAGAAGCAAGAGAAAAGGAUGAGCGAACUCACAACUCUGAGUACUUGCAUCUGCUCUAUAAGAAGCCUUUGGAUCCAAAGAGCGAAGCUCAGCUUCAGGAAAUCCGACGAUUGCACCAGUAUGUGAAAUUUGCUGUUCAGGAUGUAAAUGACGUUCUGGAUUUGGAAUGGGAUCGUCACCUGGAACAGCAAAAAAAGCAGAAGCGCUUACUAGUACCCGAGCGAGAGACUCUGUUCAACGCCCUCACCAAUAAUCGAGAGAUUAUCAACCAGCAGAGGAAAAGGCUAAAGAAUUUGGUAGACAGCCUGCAAGAGCUCCGCUUGUACAACCAGACCUCUCGCUGGAGCCUGUCGGAUGCCACCUCUACCCACAGCAGUGUCCAAAGCCUUGACAGCGAACUGGAGAGCCUGAGUAAUGCCUUGACAAAAGUUACUGUUGAGUCUUGCACCAAAACAUCACCCAAACCAGCUGCUAAACUGUCCCCCGUGAAGCAGUCUCAGCUAAGGAAUUUCCUGUCUAAGAGGAAAGUGCCACCUGUAAGGUCAACUGCACCAGCCAGUCUCUCCCAGUCGGCCUUCCUGUCCUUGAGAUACGAUGAAGACUUGGAUGAUGUUAGCUCCACAUCGUCCAUCGCUCAGUUCCUGGAGAAUGAGGAUACGCAAGUCGUGGAUCAAGCUGAAGAGGCGAUUGCCCCCGUCCAAGUGCCCCGCCAUGCCCCCGUUGUCCGGACUCCCUCAGUUCAUCCCGGACUGAUGUCGCAGACCCUCCCUCUUGGCAAACCCCACAUCCCGAUGGGCACUUUAAUAUCUGCCCCCAGAAUCAUCCCCCAGGGUGUGGACAGCACAAUGCUGGCUACAAAGACGGUGAAGCACGGCGCCCCGGCUCCCUCUGUCACCCUCCCGGCACCCCAGGCAGCAGCAGAAGCAGCACUGCGGAGGCAGAUGGCGAACCAGAGCCCAGCUGUGAGCACUUCCUUAACCGAGUCAACUUUGAAGAACGUCCCUCAGGUGGUGAAUGUGCGAGAGCUCAAAAACAACACCUCUCCUCCAGCAGUUUCUGCAGUAAUCGGAUCAUCGGUACCUCAGUCUGCUGCUCAAGCUGUCCACCAGGUUCUGGCAACUGUAGGUACAAAUCAAGCAAGCCAGGGACCUCCACCCAGCUCCCUUAAGUUGCAGCCUCCACCUAGCUCUGUGCCCUUGGCAAGUGUCACCAUGGCAUCCACUGGCCCGCCUUCGGCUGGUAAAAAGAACUCAGGUCAAGGCCCCACGAAGACGGCUACCGCCGUAACCUCCUCUGCUGCAGUGCCCAUCCCGGCAACACCUGCCCACUUCAACAAACCCUACACUUUCGCCACCGCAGGGCCUGGAUUUAACUUCGGUGCAGCCACCUCAUCUGCUGCAACAUCUGCCCCGCCUGGUUUGGAAGCUACAGCCGCUCCUGCAGAAGAGCUGAGUCAGCCUGGUGUCUUUCCCAUUGGUGGGAACACGAUAUUCGGAACCACUCUGGAGAGCUCCUUUGCUUUUGGGUCCGCAAAACCACCUGGCCUUUCGGGAGCCCCCAUGACAAGCAACAACGCAGGAGAUCCGUGCCCGUCAAAUGGCCAAACAGUCAUGGCUGCAGCCUCUGUCCCCCUCACAACCUCCAGCAAACUGGAGAGCCUUCCGCUGAAACAAGGAGACCAUCCCUUUCAGGGCACUGUGGCUGGGGAAACCCUUGGGAGCUUCUCUGGCUUAAGAGUCGGCCAAGCCGACGAGAACUCGAAGGUUGCCUCUAUGAGACCUCCGCCUGUUAACGUCAUGGGUGGACAGCCACCAAAAGCGACCACUGUGCCUUCUGGGUUUGCUCUUGGAAGCUCUUUGCAGGGAGCCAAACCAACAGAAUCCGAUGCCGUCUCGGUAACAGCGGCCAGUUCAACAUCUACAUCAGUCAACACCGUCUUCGGCAGCGUCCAGUUGGUCAACACAGGGUCGCCUGCCGUAUUCGGCCUCGGAGCAUCUGCGGGCACUGCCAAGUCAACUUUUGCUCUUGGGAUCCAGCCGGCGAAUGCCACAGCAGCAGCAUCCUCAUCAGCUCCCGUUCCGGCAUCGACAUCUGCCCUCUCGUUCGGAGGUCUGUUGAGUUCAACGUCCAUUACUACCUUACCAGCAAGUAAAGGAGAGGAAGGUGCCAAAACCUCCCCAGCACCUGAAAAGCCUUCUCAGAAUGAUGUCGCUGUGGCCACAGCAACCCAGCUGCAGGCUCCAGACCCUCCUCGAGAGUCACCCGCUUUAGCCGUGCCUUCUCCAGAAGGGGCACACGGGGUAAACCUUGCUGCUGUGGCAGAGCCUACAAAAGAGACACUUUCCACCACAGUGUCUGCAGAUUUGAAGGCUGAGGUGGUUUCUGCAUCCGCCUCUCUGGACCAGCAGUCUCCGGCAACAUCCGCUUCAGCGAGCGUGGCUUCGCAGGUCGCCGAAGUGACCGGUGCACCUCCAGCUUCCUCUAACCCCAGUACGUCUAUCCAGGCACUGGCCACAGGCACCUCUGCAUUCACAGUCGCUGUCUCAGCGGCCCCUUCUGUGUUCACACAGCCCGCUGUUACCGCUUCUUCUUCCGGGUCAGCCUUCAGCCAGCCCGCAACUGACACUUCAGCGGCCCCUUCCGCGGCCCCCGUCUUCGGUCAGCUCUCUGCAGCAGCUACAACAGCCUCCUCUUCUCCAUUUGGCCAGCUCUCCGCCGUCCCGCCGUCCUCCGCCACCGCUGUCACCACCCAGGCUUCAGCAACUCCCGGAUUUAACACGUCUGCCUUUGGCACCACAACUGCUGCUGGCUUUGGGCAGCCAGCCUUCGGUCAAGCUCCUGCCUUUGGCCAGUCGGCAAGCACAUCGAGUGGCUUCGCUUUCAACCCGGCUGCCUUUGGAGCGACUCUAGCUUUUGGCCAGGCAGCUUCCUCUGCUGCUCCCGCUUCCAGCAGUGGGAACGUCUUCGGGGUGCCGUCCAGCACGAGCACCACCGCUUCCUUCUCCUUUGGACAGCCGUCUGCCACUAGCACCGGGCUCUUCAGCCAAAGCAGCACGCCAGCUUUCGGACAGAGUUCCAACUUCGGGCAGGCCGGAUCCGUCUUCGGUAGCACCGCCGCUGCCACUACUCCAACCUCUACAGCUGGAUUCAGCUUCUGUCAAGCUUCAGCAUUUGGAUCUAGCAGCUCGGGCCCUGUGUUUGGGCAAGCGGCCAACACCAGCGGUAGCCUCUUCGGCCAGCAGACCUCUUCCAGCGGGGGUCUCUUUGGGUCUGGAAGCAGUGCAGGGAGAACCGGAGGCUUCUUCAGUGGCCUGGGGGGGAAGCCAAGCCACGAGGCAGCAAAUAAGAACCCUUUCAGCCCCACCAGCGGGGGGUUUGGUUCAUCAGCUACCCAGAGUACAUCGAGCCUUUUUGGAAACAGCGGAGCCAAGACCUUUGGAUUUGGCACCACCGCCUCUUUUGGCGAGCAGAAGCCAAUGGGCACAUUCAGCUCUGGCGGAGGGAGUGUGGCAUCUCAAGGCUUUGGGUUCUCCAGCCCGACCAAAGCAGGUGGCUUUGGAGCUGCUCCUGUGUUCGGCAGCCCUCCCACUUUUGGGGGGUCCCCUGGGUUCGGAGGGGUGCCAGCAUUCGGUUCAGCCCCAGCCUUUUCAAGCCCUCUGGGCUCGACGGGAGGCAAAGUCUUCGGCGAGGGGACGGCGGCGGCCAACACAGGAGGAUUCGGCUUUGGCGGCACAGCUAGCACGGUGUCAUUCGGCACCCUGGCUGGUCAGAACACCCCGACCUUUGGAUCCCUCUCUCAGCAGCCUACUGGUUUCGGCACGCAGGGCACCGGCUUCUCCGGCUUUGGGUCAAGCGGAGGAGGAGGAGGCUUUGGCUUUGGAUCGUCUAACGCAUCCACCUCUGGGUUUAGCGGCUGGAGAAGUUGAAGUGAUGUCGAACUCUCUUGCCCUUGCAUCAGACGGGCAGGAGCAGAGCAGGGAUAUAUAUAUUGCAACAGCAUGUCAGGAUG